ACUCAAGUUAUUCUUUCACCAUGUUAUUUUCCACUAUCAAAACGCAUAUAUCUUAUUCUGCCCUCAUCAGAUCGAACAUCGUGCUUCGACCACUAUCCAGUGCAUGCGCGCUUCCGAGUCGAUGGGGUGAUGUCGUGAAACGGACUCAGGAACAACUAAAAGUGGCCGAGAUCAGUGCCAGUGAGUUGAAAAACUACUUAUCAAGCGAGUUUCCGAGCAAGUCAACCGAUGCUCCCGUCAUCAUUGACGUCCGAGAAGCAUCCGAGUGGCAGAAUGGCAAGAUUCCGCAUGCAGUUUGUCUGUCUCGAGGCGUGUUGGAGCUUGGUAUCGAAAAGGUGAUUUCCCCGGAUUGCGAGCGACCAAUUAUUUUAUAUUGCGCCGGAGGGUUGCGUAGUAUUAUGGCCGCCGAGGCAUUGGUACGGAUGGGUUACAACAAGGAUAAGUUGACGAGUCUUAGAGGCGGCUUCAGUGCCUGGCAUAAAGAGGGAUAUCCAAUAGAAUGCAAAUAAACAAAAAGAAAAAGGAAAAUGACAUGGUAAAGAUGCAACCA